AUGGGUCAUCCUUCUUGCCGUGACCUUUGUGAUCUUACUUCUCGGAACAGUGGCAGUCUUGAGGUGUCUCAGCCAGGAGGAGCCAAACACUCGCCCACCCAUUUCGGGGUUAACGCUGGGCGCUAUUCGACCUCACACCUUUGCUAUCUUCAAUGGGCAUCAACUUCCAUCUUUCUCUUUUCAACCUUCAUCUUCCUGAAGGAGGCCAAGCAACUGAGACGAAGGCAUCGCCAAGCGAUGACCAGGCGGAAGAAGAGUUCUGGCUGA